UUGGUUCAGUGUCUCAUUGCUAGCAUGAAAUACCAAAGACCUCAUUUUUUCUGGUAACUUUUACGUAUGGUUUUUAAUAAACUCUGAGAUCACCUUGGCACCUUGGGGCACAUGUAAUGGUAAAGGUCACUUCUGUGACUGCACUGGCUGGAAAAGGAGAACAUUUAAAUGUAUGCUUUAAUGGGAACUGUUACAUACCUAUAGGUGGUCUGGAGUCACAUCCUUGGUUGUUUUAUUUGCUUUGGUCUCUCUCUCUCUCUCUCUCUCUCUCUCACUUUAUCACCCUUUUUCCUGGCAUUACGUUAGGACCUGACACUGACAUUGACUCUGUAUGUCAUUUCUCUCUCUCACUUUCUCUCUCUCUCUCUAUCUCUCUCUCUCGCCUCUCUCUCUCUCUCUGUCUCUCUCUCUCUCACUCCCCCCCACCCCACUCUGUCUCUCCAUCGCUCCAAGGACCAGAGUGCCUGCAGAUGCAUUUCUCUGUAGCCCACUGCCCCUCCCUGCUCUCCUCUCUUUCGCCCUGUCUAACCCUCUCUGUCUUUCCCUCCACUCUGUAUCUCUCUCUUGCGUUCCCUCAGCACACGCGCUCCACUAUCAACAAAGCCAGAGACAGUGGAGGAAGCAGGAGAAGGGCAUGAGAGAAGAGUGAAGAGGUUUGAGUCGCUUUCAUCCUACCGAGAAGUUGGUGUAGACUGACUGUGAUUGGGCCUGAGCGAGAGGACAGCAGAGGUCAAAGGGAAAAGGUUGCUAUCUUCUGGCUAGGGUGUUCUAUGUACGACAACUUGACCAUGCUCAACCUCCAGAGUGGCUCAAACUGGACCGGGCCCACUAACUGGUACCAUCAGCCCAAUGCAAUAACAUCACAACAUGGCACAGACGGCUGCGUUGAUGACAUGAACCUCCAGAUGGGUGGUGCAGGUGAGGGCGUGGUGCCGGGGGAGAGGGAGGAGUCGGAGGAGUCACAGCUUCACCUGCAGCUGAAGAGGAAGCUGCAGAGAAACCGCACCAGCUUCACACAGGAGCAGAUCGACGCCCUGGAGAAAGAGUUUGAGAGGACGCAUUACCCAGAUGUCUUUGCACGGGAGAGAUUAGCAGCAAAAAUAGACCUCCCAGAGGCCCGUAUUCAGGUCUGGUUCUCGAACCGCAGAGCCAAAUGGAGAAGGGAGGAGAAGCUUCGUAACCAAAAGCGAACAGCAAGCAGCACUUCCUGUCCUCAGGCGCACACACCUCUGAGCACUUCCUUUAAUUCUUCUGUCUAUCACUCUCACCAUGGUAACAACUCAGGCUCAGUUCACAGUCGAAGUGAAUCCUCACUCUCAGGAUAUGGGUCCCUGUCUGUAUUCUCCAGUGUGCAGUCUUUACCUCCUCAGCCAGCCCAAUCUUACUCCUGCAUGCUACCACCUUCCCCCUCCGGCCCUCCAUCCUCUCUCCCACGCAAGUUUGACCCUUCCCCCUACCCCUCCCCUCACAUGCCCCAUCCCGCCUCAGCCAGCAGCAGCACAGGUUUUUUGUCCUCAGGUCCAUUAACAGUUCCAGGUGGUGAGCAGGACUUGGGGCAGUACUGGACCAGACUGCAGUGAGAUAGGGUGUAACCCAGAAAUAAUACACCAAAACAUUGAACCUAGGUGCAGUUCAACAUACAUACACAAUACAUGCAUGCACACACACAUGCACACACACACACACACACA